AUGACCUCGAAACCCCAAAGUAUCGAAAGCUCUCACACUUGGGAGGAAAUUAUGGCGAUAACAACCGAUCAUGUCUCUCUUACAUUCCUAGCUCCCAGGAGUGUGGUUCCAUGUCUGAAGAAACCAACAAGAGUAUGUAUCUCCAACUUUGGUACAGUCCCAAAACCAAGAUUGACAACAAUAAGCAACUUGGGUAAUAAUAAUACCCCUAAAUACAACAAGCUUUAUCCUCCAAAAGAGGAUCUAGUUGCGGAGAAGAUGAAAAUUGAGGUCAGAGAGGAGUUGAAGAAGUCGGAAUCAGAUUGUGGUUCUUCAGGUUUGCAAGUGGCGCAACUCACUACUCAGAUUAAGCAUUUAGCGUCUUGUCUACACAGAAAGGACAAGCAGUCGCGUAGAGGCCUUGUAGGAAUGGUGCAGAAACGAAAGAAACUGUUGAAAUACCUUAAACGAACUGACUUGGAUUCUUACUGCCUUGUCUUGUCUAAACUCAGCCUUCGUGACAAGUUCUAA